CGAACCCACGAACUGUCAGGUGCUUAACCGACUGAGCCACCCAGGCACCCCUUCCAUCCCACCUUUGGUGGCUGUUGGGUAGUUUCCGGUUGGGGCUCUAUUCAGCAGCACUGCCGUGAGCCAUCUCUUGGAUCUUUCCUGCUGUAUCUGUGCAUGCCUGUUUGGAGGGCACACAAGCAGAAGGGGACGUGCAGGUUGUGGGGCACAUACUUUGCUUUACUAAAUGAUCCCGGAGUGGGGACACCAGUGGCCUGGACCAUCCCCCUCCCCCAGCAGUGUUGGGAGCAGCUUCGUUACCCUGAGUCCUCGGCAGCAGUGGUGAUGGGGUGCGGCAGAAGGGAGUGGUCCUAAAGGACAGUGUGAAGAGCAUGGGAGCACUGGGGAGGGACCUCAGUGGGGUGGUGGGAAGGGGACCCAAGUCAUUUAUUCUGAUGACUCAUGAAGACCCAGGCCUACAAGCUGCUUCCUCUUAAGAAGCCACCUUCCAAGGCCUCAAACACUGGGCCUCCCUCUACCCAGGAGCUGUUUUCUUGAAAAUGCAAAACCUGGGGGAAAAAGGAAAACUCCAGUUCCAUUCAGCCACCCACAGCAGGAACUAGCCAUCCCCUUCUCAGUGCCUCAGUUUCCACACCUCCUGGGUGCCCUGAAGAGGGUUUCAUGAAGGAGAUUGGACUGGGCACUGGGAUCCACAGGUGCUGUCAUGGGCUCAGGAUUGGGCAUAGAGGGGCAGCAUCAAGACCAAGGCUGAGCCCGGGGGGUACUGUUGUGGGCCAGAUGGCAGGUGCUGUCAUGGGCUCAGGGUACCAGAAGCAUCAUUCCAGGGAGGUGCCUAGCAGCAGCCUCCGUUGUGGUCCCAGCGGGACCUUGCCAUGACCGCACUAUCUCCUUCUCAGGAUCCUGCCGCUGCCUUAGCUGGGUGAGCCCCAAACCCUGGGGCAGAGACCCAGUCCCUGCUACCGUGAAUAAACGAACCGUGAGUUCUAGAAUUCUCACACAGUAGAGAUGCUCUGCCCCACCCUGCCCCCACGUCCUAUUAUGAGGGCCAGUGUAGGUCAGGCACCUGCUAGCCAUGGCAUGUGGGCCAGGAGAUCUUCAGAGCCUCACAUCUCCAUUUUCUUCUGCCAAACUUGGAAAUUCCCUCUUUUCAGAAGAGCCCUGGUUCCAGGCCUGUGGUCACACCAACAUCGCCUGCAAGAUGGCGAAGGGGAAGCUAGUAGAGGUAGGCAAGGGGCCAUGGCAGGUGAGCAUCCUGUUUCUGGGCACGUACAUCUGCAGCGGCUCCCUCAUCCACCGUCAGUGGGUCCUCACGGCCGCGCACUGCCUAGAGAGAUCCAAGGACCCCAAAAAGUACUCCGUGAGGGUGGGAGUCCAGCAGGUCUCAGGAAACGGCACUUGGCUCCUGCUCACUCGCAUCGUGAUCCACGAGGAUUUCCACAACCUCCUAUCCCAGGACAUUGCCCUCCUGAAGCUGAGGGACCCCACCUCCUGGUCCCCCCUCAUCCAGCCUGUCUGCCUACCCAACACCAAAUUCAAGCUCUCGCUCGGGACCAUGUGCUGGGUGAUCGGUUGGGGACGUGAAAAUGAACAAGAAACCUCAAGUACCCCCUACAGUCUUCAGGAGGUGGCUGUCAGGAUCAUUAGCAACGGUAUCUGCCGUCAGCAGUACCAGUUUCUCUUCUUGAAGAAAGAGAAGAAGUUCAUUGGGAAGGACAUGCUGUGUGCCUCCUCAGAAUUGGGCAUGGACUCUUGUCAGGUCUCUUGGACAUUUCUGAACAUCAGUCACAUGCCCAGAUGUGGGCCCGGUGCUGGCAGAACUGGUUUUCAUAAAUGGCAUCGUUCCGUAAGCGUGUGUCUGUCUCUUGCAUCUUCGGUUCAACAUUGUUUCUGAGAUUUAUCCCUAUUGAAAAGUGCAGCUCUCAUUCGUUAAUUGACAUCUCGAGCUAGGAUAUUCUCUUGUGACCAUGGCACAAUUUAUACACUCUAUUGUUUAUAGCAUUGAGGUGGUUUUCAGGGUUUUUUUUCAUAUCACAAACCGCUGCUCUGAAUAUUCUUACACACAUCUCCCUACUUACGUGUUCCAGAAUUUCUCGACAGGAUGUGUCCUGCAGGGAACCGGGGGGGUCAUAGGCUGUGCAUGCCUUCAUCUUUAAUAGUUUUUGCUGGGGCGCUGGAGGGCUCAGUUGGUGGAGCAUCUGACUCUUGAUUCAGCUCAGAUCAUGAUCUCAUGGUUCAUGAGUUCGAUCCCCACAUCAGGCUCUGCGCUGACAACAUGGAGCCUGCUUGGGAUUCUCUCUCUCUCUCUCUCUCUCUCUCUGUGCCCAUUCCCUGCUGUCUCUCUCUCAAUAGAAAAAAAAUAUUAAGGGGCGCCUGAGUGGCUCAGUCGGCUGAGCGUCUGACUUCGGCUCAGGUCAUGAUCUCACGGCUUGUGGGUUCGAGCCCUGCGUCGGGCUCUGUGCUGACAGCUCAGAGCCUGGAGCCUGCUUCGGAUUCUGUGUCUCCCUCUCUCUCUGCCCCUAACCUACUUGCAUUCUGUCCCUGUCUCUCUCA